AUCAUACAAUGAAAUCGCUUGUAGAGUUUGCCACAUUGUUGGUGCUGCUCUGGGUUGCCGGCCCAACAACCGGGCAAAUCCUCCGCAUAGGACAUUGCCCAUCUUUCUCCGUCCUUAAGGAUUUUGAAAUGGACAAGUACUUGGGGACCUGGUAUCAAAUCGAACGCUACUUCUCCUUCCCAGGAAUGAGCGGCAAAUGUUGGACGCAAACUUAUUAUCCGGAUCCCGAAGUGGAAGGACGCUACAAGUUGCGGAUGGAUUAUCGUGAUUUCGUGGUGGAAAAUAAAAUGACGGCUGAAAUGGAUAUUUACCAAGAUAUGGCUGACGAUCCAGCCACACUGACUAGCCAACUUUUCAGCAUGCCAUUUACUGCGGACGACUAUCAAGUGUUGAGUACCGAUUACACAAACUAUGCCAUCGAAUAUCGUUGCGAAGAUCGUGGGCUAUUCCAGCGCCGAGAAUCCCUGUGGCUACUCUCUAGAUCACCGUUCCCGAAAUCAUGGGUCAUGAAAGAAGCCAGGAGUGUCGUUGCCAGUCUUGGCCUUAAAAUGUCCAGCCUUCGACCAGUGACGCAAGAUUGUUAUCUUCCUCAUCGUGGCCUACACCCUGUUCGGCCCCACCCGCAACAUACAACCAACAGGAACAAUUUCAUCCAGAUGUAUUCUCGAGCACCUCCCCUUCAGCAGCAUCACAAAUUGAUUGAACUCCCGAGACAGCCUCAUUUUGCUUACCCAGCCCUCAGUGGACCGGAACGAUCUUCCCUAUAGGAAUAAUGGCAUACAGGUCACAACGAAAUCUUCAAGAUAACAAACAACCGUUUUGCUUAUCAUUCUCACCAUCAUCUUUUUUUUUUUUACGAUAAUAUUCCGUUGUAGAUUUUUUAUUCGUCCAUUCUCCGGGCAAGAGGCUAAACAGCACGCUCCUAUUAAAUAACUAUCGGUUAGGUGCAUUAUGAACAUUUAUUGCAAGUACAUUAAAAUCAUUUGUUUGUGUCAGUGUAGUAAGGCAUCAGUCGCAAGAAUUAUAUUUAAAUAUUUGUUA